CAGGUUCCUUCUUCGCCGGUCAUUCGCCGGAGGGGGGGGGGCACGUGCCUCUACAGGCCCCAUUUCUUCUCCACCACUGGGUUGUUAAAGAUGUAUGCACGCUGAAAAAGGAAUGGAGACUAUAAUCAGCUAAAUGCCCUCGAUCCCAUUGGAAAGAAAAACCAAUUAGUGGAGUCUUGACGCCAGAAUUAGCUUGCUGGUCCUUCUUCUUUCGUCCCCACCCCCCUCCCCCGUGAAUUGUGGGUUGGUAAAUAUGUAUUCAUGGCCUCUGAGUUUUUAUUUCCUUCAUUGCCACUUAUCCUUUCUCAAGUCUCCCGAAAAAGGUCACUUCUUGCUCAGAAAUUCAUCUUUUUUCUGGGUUUUCUUGUGUUCUUAUUGUGUCAAUCUGAAUUGGGUGUUCUUGAGAAAGUAGAGUAGGUAUGAAACAGUGCGUUGCUAGAAGGAGGCUUAUUCUGUUUCUGCUUCUCUGCCUCCAUGGCACCUGUUGUAGUCCAUUGAAUAAUCUCAAGAGUCUUGCAGAGAAAUUGGAAAUUGGCCUCUUACCUCAGAUCUCCCCGAGUGCCCCUCCGCUGGCUCCUUUCACUAGUAGCACUGUUGCCCCAAAGCUGUCUGGAUCAUGCCCGUUAAACUUUGUUGCUUUGGGAAGCAUGAUAACCACGACCUCGAUUGACUGUGCUGCUCCAUUUGCAAAGUAUCUUGCAAAUGUCAUUUGUUGCCCACAAUUGGAAACCACCCUCACCAUUCUUGUAGGACAAUACAGUAAACACAGUAAAAAUGAACUUGCUUUAAACACAACACUUGCAAGGCAUUGCCUCUCCGAUUUUCAGAAGAUUCUGGCGGGUAAGGGUGCCAACAGUACGCUGCAACAAAUCUGCUCUCUUAACCCGUCAAUCCUCAGUGAAGGUUCUUGCCCAAUUAGUAAUGUUCAAGAAUUCGAAGCCACAGUGGACUCGCCGACCCUUCUUUCUUCGUGUAGGAAGAUUUUUGUUGGGAGCAAGUGUCCUGAACAAAUCUGUGAGAGUGCUAUAUCAGAAGCUGCUGAGAAGCUUGCUGCAAAGGCUUAUGGUCUUUCAAAUGUAUUGCCUGACCAGUCAACUAAAGCUAAAGACUGCCAACGUGUUGUACAUCAUUGGUUGGCAAGCAAACUUGACCCUUCUGGUGCAAAAGAAGUUCUUCGAUGUCUUUCUAGCUACAAAAACAAUAGAGUGUGCCCUUUGGUUUUCCCCAACAUGAGUGGUAGCAUUGAGGCUUGUAAGAAUGAGAUAAAGAAUCAGACAAGGUGUUGUCUAGCCAUGUGGCACUAUGUUUCACACUUGCAAAGGCAGAACUUUAUCACUAACUUGCAAGCUAUGGAAUGUGCUGGUUCACUCGGUAUGAAGCUACAGAAAGCUUAUGUUACGCAAGAUGUUUACAAGCUUUGCCAUAUUACCCUCAAGGACUUUUCAGCUCAAGUUACACCAGAAGUUUCCGGAUGCCUUUUACCAAGUUCGCCCUCAGAUGCCACACUUGUCCCAACCAUGGGGAUUAGCUCUUUGUGUGGUGUUGACAAUAUCCUUCCAGCUCCUUGGCCAUCUUCAUCACACGUGCAUGCUUCAUCAUCAUGCAAUAAAAGUGUUUACACUCUAGGCUUGGGAUCUCUUCUGGUUGGUUUAAUGUCAACAAUGCUCCUUUUGCUUCCAAUGGCGGAUCCAUAGUGGAAAUUCAUUGGGGGCACUAACAUUGUAUGUUGCAAACAAACAUUAAACUUUGUACUCUUUAUGUUCUUGAAAACACUUAUGUCCUAAUUUUUUGUGUGCCCCAUAAAAUACUAGUAAAAGU